UGCCGAUAAAUCUUCUGCUUCGUCUCCCUUAAAUCUUUGAUGCACAAACGCGGGAAAUUACCUUCACUGUCCCAACACCAAAACCCAAAUCCACCAGGAAGCUCUGUGAAUCGGAUAAUGGUGUCAAAGCUCUCACUUUUCCGAGCCAAUUCACUUCCUUUCUCCCCAGUCUUCUCUUCCUACUCAGCUCGUUUCAUCCAUAAACCCUAUCCCACACCUAAAACCCUUAUCUUCUGCGUCUUCUCCAGUAAUAUCUCCUCUACAAACGUUCCCUAUGGUCCGUCUCUCCUGAAAGGGAAGAAGCUUUUGCUAGACGACCUUAGAUUGGCUUCAAUCGGCCGAGAUAGAGAUGCCCAUCGACGCAAAAUUGGAGAUUUGGAUGAGUCAAUCGAGAAAGGAGUUCUUUUGAAUGAAGAUGAUUUCACUAGGGUGUUUGAGAUUUCGGCGAUUCGGGUCCCGGCCAAGGACUGUUUUGCGCUUGAGAAUCGUCUCCGUGGGCAUCUUCUUAAUUGGCCUAGGAUUCGGAACAUUGCUAGAGUUCCUGGAGACGAAAUUGAAGACGAUGUGGUGAAGCUGUUGGGCCGUGAGAGUGAACAAGAUGAAGAUAGUGUUGUGGAUUCGGUUAAUCGGAGAAUAAGUGGAAAAGCAGAAGGGGAUGGGGAGAGACUGACUUCAGUGUUGCACAGAGACAAACUCGCCAAGACAUUUAAUUCAACGGGGUAUCUCCGAUUCAGAAACUUGGCCAAAAUUUCUCGGCCAAAGAGGAAGAGGAAGACAGAGAAAACAACGGAGGGGAAGGAAAAGGAUAAAGAUAAAGGAAGCAAGCGCAACGAAAUGGCAGUGGUGGAAGUGGUGGAAGAUCCAGAAGGAGCUGAGGAUUUUGAAGGGUUAUUGGGAGAAGGCUAUGGUAGUAGAGGAAGAUGGAGAGGCUCAACAAGAUUGUUGCUUUUGGAUGAGAAAUAUUCCGGUGAGCAAGUUCAAGACUUGCCUGAGGCUAUCAAGGCUCUGUUUGCAGAAGCUAAAAUGACCGAUGCAAGCUUAAGUUUUGAGCUAGUAAAAUGCAGACUGACUUUGUUCUAUGACUAUUGGCCAAUGAUUGAGAUAUUAGAGGCUGUUCUACCUAAGGGUGUGAUUGUGCCUUCAGCAUUUGAGAUGGUGGGGCAUAUUGCGCAUCUGAAUCUAAGAGAUGAGCAUAUACCUUACAAGAGGCUCAUAGCUAAGGUAGUUCUGGACAAGAAUCAGCCAAAGAUACAAACCGUUGUGAAUAAGAUUGAUCGUAUUCACAAUGACUUCAGAACUAUGCAGUUAGAGGUUUUAGCCGGCAACCAUUCCCUGGUGACUCUGGUUGUUGAAAAUGGACUGCGCUUUCAUGUUGAUUUAGCUAGAGUAUAUUGGAAUUCGAAACUUGGGACAGAAAGACAGAGGCUGCUACUUGGGUUCGACCACAGCGAUGUUGUUUGUGAUGUUUUUGCUGGAGUGGGUCCCAUUGCACUUGCUGCAGCAAGGAUUGUAAAACGUGUAUAUGCCAAUGACCUGAACCCUCAUGCAGUAGAAUUCAUGGAGCAAAAUAGUGUUGUCAAUAAGCUUGAGAAGAGAAUCGAGAUCUUUAACAUGGAUGGAAGAAGAUUCAUAAAGGCUAUGUUUUCAAGCGAUAAGGGUCAAAAAGUCACCCAAGUAGUCAUGAAUUUACCGAAAGAUGCCGCUGAGUCUCUAGAUGCAUUUCGCGGAGUAUACAACGAUAGGCAGAGAGAUGAAAGCUUAUCAUUCCCAACCAUCCAUGUUUAUGGAUUCUCCAAGGCUCCUGAUCCAGAAUUUGACUUCCAUGAGCGGAUACGGAUUGCUCUAUCUGAGGUGGCUGUGGACGUGAAGAUGCGAAAGGUACGCCUAGUGGCUCCUGGGAAAUGGAUGCUAUGCGCUUCCUUCAUACUUCCCAAGAGUGUAGCCUUCUCAAGAAAAAACACAUUGAUCAUGUAGAUUAAAAGAAUGCAAUACAUGGCAGAAUAGGAGGGGGUGGGGGGGAGAAUCUGCAAAUACGAAAUAUUGUUUGUUAUUGUACUGCAGCCAGAGUAAUACUUGCAGUGUCUUUGUUAUAGAACAAGACAACUAACAAGUGAAAGUGACAAUAGCUUUUGUUACAUAAGUUUAAUAAUAUUCAGAAGAAGAAAAAAAAAAACACUUCUCACAA